AUGAUGAUUCAGGAUCAAAACAGUUUUGAUAUGUCAAACUCGACAUCAUUAUCUAUUACUGAGUUCACUUUAACUUCACAACAUAGCCCUGCUGCGGUUAUUUGUGCCUUUUUAAUCGCUAAAAAAGGUUUUACAUGUUUUCAGCUGUCUCAGAUACUCGGAUUGCCACCCCUCGUAAUCGAGGAAUGCAUCCGGAAUGAUGUAUCGUCAGAUUUUAUGCGUAACCAACUAGUUAGAUGGUUGAAUGAAAGUAAAAACGGGAUAGUACAUGGUAUUCCUUUAUCCCUUAUAGCCGCACUGCAGGAAAUCAACCCCACGGAUAAGGUGGAUAUCCCGACUGUAACAUCCUUUCGAGACUAUCUCGGUAAACGUACCGAACUUAGCGUGUCAUCUGCUAGGGACAUGCCUGACCCAGCAAAACACGACAGAACCUUUUCAGUUUUCACACCUUUCUCUGAGCAAUACUUUAAAUCACUGCAGAGUUCUGUGGGUCAGAGCUUUAUUUCAAUCCUCAAUGACCCUGAGGAGUUUACGGAGUCGUCGGAUUGGGGGGCGCGGCUCAGCAGUAAGAUUUAUGAAGCUUUGGACUACAAUGGGCACUCCAACAAUAGCCUAGAGGGGUCGUACAGGGCUUCAUACCACUACCAGCCAUGGCAAAAACCUUCCUCUUUCUUUCUUACAGAACACAUUUCGAGAACGGAUUAUAAUGACUAUGUUAACCUUGUGUCUGCGGCAUAUCACACUAAUCGGAACGAAGGGCAAAAGAUGAUUGAAACCUUAUCUGUUUUACAGGGUUCUGCGCAACGAGAAGAGGAUUUGCCGUGGCCUGAUAUGAUCCCUGAGGAUUUCUUUAGUACUACCUACGCUCCAAAGGCAAUGCUGAUGCAACUCUUCAGCGUUCCCUCUGAUGAUUCUGCGGGCCUUGGCAGAAAUCCCAAGCCUGAUGAUACGGAGAGUGAAUGCGCAUGCGAUCAAAAAUCGAUUUGCUCGCACACGUUUGCAAAGGACUUUGAGGUUUUGGAACAGUUCGGUAACAAGUUACGCAUGUGGGAAACAUCGGUUGAAAACUGCCUACUUAGACACGCUCAAAGCCAUUCGGAGAACUUCCUUCGAGAAUCUCGUGAACUUGGAUUACUAAGUGACAUAUCUAGGAAUGCCUUGAAAGAGUUGAGUACUGUACGUGAAGUAGGAGGGGUGCACAUGACUCAGACCAUUCAUCAGUACUUGUCUAUUGGCAGACUGUACCAACGAAGGAAUAAUAUCGAGUCGCUCAGCUUGCUUCUGUCUUCCACGCAAAGGGUGCUACAGCUACUGCAAGAUAUUGAGAAUUGGAUUGCGCUACCAGAGCGCGAGAUAUCAGAACUCUCAGCAUAUGUUCAUCGUUUACUUGACUUGGAAGUGUCCUUUCGCAAUACUAUUGCGACUUUUGCUACAACAAGCGGAUCUGAAGCAUGCAACAUGAGUGUGGAAGAGGGCAGGGAGAGUCGUGUGAACUCUGACCAAGCAUCUUCUUGGUCUAUCACGACAUCACUAUCACCAGUGUUGAGCUCUUUAGAGUUAAUGCCACAGCUUAAUUUUAUGACCCUAGUACCGUCGCGCAUAGCCGCAGCGCGUAAGGAUCUUGAGCAAAUGCUAUGCUCUGAAGUAUUCAUUGGCUUGGAAAAUGCUGGUGCGGAAUCUUCCUCGAUGUCGGUCACUGGGUUUACUCGAGUUCUUAAUGCUGCCGCGCAUAUGCGCGUCCUUUCAUUUGCUUUACGUACCCACCGAGAGUCGAGACUACGUGCACAGUGGGGAGUUGUCCGAGAGACCGUAAUAAACUUUUUAAUAAACUGGGAGGGGUGCCUCAGCAACGUCAAGGCAGAUAGGUUGCUCUCACUUGUGUUAUCCCCGGAACCAACAGUAGAAGAAAGGAAGUCACUGUUAGAAUACUGCAGUGAGUGUCGUUUUGACCUUUAUAUUCAGCUCCUUGAAAUCCUGGUUGAGGCUCUUGUCGAGAGUGUAACUAAAAAUGCACAGUGUUGGGGAUAUUUUAUUUUAGAGUGUGCACUGGAUGCACUAUCUAUGCAUGAGAAUAAACACGAGUUGCUAGCACAAUGGACUUUUGACCUAUUUAUUGCUCUUUAUGAAGAUGCCGAGUCGGUUAUUGCCAUCUACUUGGAGCUGCGAUGCAGUAGCAAACUUCAUACCAAUAUUGCAGAAGUGGAAAGACUUGUGCGUAUUGGGAAUAGGUUUGUUGGGCACAUGUUGUACCCGUUGAGUGUGUUGUCGUCAUUGCACUCUGAAGUGCUGAGCAACGUGGUGGGUCGAAUUAGGUUAGGCAAACAAAUCGGAGUCAUAGCUCUGAAUUUAGCUAAAUACUCGCUAAAGGCACAGCACACUCAACAAAUGGAAAAGCUGAAUCUAGUCCUUGAGGCCGAAACAUGGGCUUCAAAAGACAAUAUUGAUACCUUUUUUCAGGCUCAAUUGGAGCACUUGUGCUCAAGUGACGGGCAAGACGUCGAAGAAUUUAUCUCGCAGUCGAUUGAGCUACCUAAGGCUGGCUACACUGUAUCUGAGUGGGAUGCUAUCAUGACAGCGACAUCUGAUAAUAUCCAAGUUUCAUCUCCUGUUAUUACUGUUUCAUCUUCAAAAAAAACUAUCAAAGAUGACGAGGAGGCUACAUUUUACAAUAGAGCUAACAGACUGUACCUUUCGCUCAACGAAGAUGAUAACGGCCGCGCGGCAAGCAAUUCUCUUCUUAUUUUAUUGGAACUACUUGCAAAUUAUGACAGCUACCUUGCUCGUUUUCCUUCAUUAGGAAUGGAUGUUGCCUCAAAAAUGUACGAGGUUUUGGCUUUGUAUGACAACUUAUGUGCAAGUAUGGUGCUCGGUGCUCAAGCAAUGAAAAAUGGCGUAUUGACAAAUAUCACUACCCUCCAUUUGUGUGUGGCUUCCCAAUGCGUGGCUUUUCUUGCGGACUUUACUCCGCGAUUACAGCAACGGUUGGUGCGCCUUUUGGGUGCCGCAAGUCGUCAAACUAUAACUUCUGAGAAACAAAGCAAUUUUGAGAAGACGCAAGUGGGAGCCGUGGUGUUGCCCCGUGGCUCAUGGGCUGUUAACAUGCUCUUGCCCUUUAUUGACAAUGAUUUUAAACAGGUCAUAAAAGGUUGUCAGGCUCAUCGUAAUGAUUUUUUUAAUAAGAUUAGCUCGAUAGUACUUGAGAAGGUAGAUCGGAUAGGGCUAAUGGAAGGCGAACCCAAAGAGUACAACGCACGAGGGAACGAGUGGAUUAUGACUAUACUUCGCGAAGUGGCGAGACUAAUCCGAAGCUUGCGCCCUUUGUUGCCACCUAACGAUCUGAAGGGAAUAGUGGUCCCACUUUUGGGUUUCUUAUCAAUUAAAAUACGCGAAGUCACGAAACCAAUUCCCGCUUCGGACGUAGAUAGUAUGAACAUCGCAAAGUCAGAUAUUUUGCUCUUCAAGGCAAACGUGGAGCGGUUUGGCUACGAUGUGUUACGCUGUGUAGAAGUGCAAUCAGUGAAUACCGCAAUGUGCUCCACCAACUUGGAUCCAUGUAGUUCAGAUAGAGAUGUGCUUGCAUGGUUUCUUUCGGGGGCUGUCAAUGGGGACAUUUAA